AGCUUGCUGUGUUGUUUAUUGUCGACAUAUCGGCAUAUGUGGGCUGCGCAGAAGGCGAGAGGCGACAGCGUGUUUCUCUUACCGGUGUCUCCUUUCAGUGACACUUCCUCACUAGGAGGGUCGUCAUUUAUAGUCGAAGCUUGGAGCACAGCUGGUACCUCAGGGUGUGUAAUGUCACAUAGGAGUUUGGAUUAUUUAAAAAAUAUUUUUUCCAGACAGAAAAAACAAGCACAUCGUCUCAUUGUCCCCCGCCUAACUUUGGACGCUCAGUAGCGGGCUCUCUCUGGUCAGUGUCGCUUGCACUCGGAAGCUGGCUGUUUGUUUUGGAUAUGGGUGAAAUCUGCUCAAGGUGCGGGCAAUGACACAUAUAACAGGAUGAUGGACAAGGACGCUUUAAAAGGAAUCUUCUCUCUGUCAUUUGCAUGGUGUUUUCUGGUUUCCGUUUCUGGAGAGGUCAUCUCUCAAGAUGGCUACCUAAAUACUAUGCAGAGUGCAGCUCCUCUGUCCUGUUCAGAAGGCUUCACUGAGCUGGGCUACUACAACGGCUCUGUGUCUCAGACUGACUCUGGCUCGCCCUGCCUGAAGUGGACAGAGUUCCCAGACUACGUCCUGCAGUACCCAGGCCGGGGGCUGGGUGACCACAGCUACUGCCGUAACCCUGACCGCGAGUCCAACCCCUGGUGCUUCUUCCGCCAGAGCUCUGGAGCCAUCGGCUGGGCCUAUUGCGACUGCCACCAGGGAGCUGCCAGGUUGGUAGGUGGGUCCUCCCCUCAGAGCGGGCGUCUGGAGGUAUACCUAAAUGGCCAGUGGGGGGCGGUAUGUGACACACACUGGACCGACCGCGAUGCCAGUGUGAUCUGCAAACAGCUUGGACUGGGUGAGAUCGGCACAGCCCUCCAGCACUCCUACUUCGGGCCCGGCUCUGGACUCUUCCACUAUGAACGCCUUGGCUGCCGUGGCAACGAAAACACUCUGCUGGAUUGCAGGAGUCGGAAGUUUGUCACCAGCGACUGUAACCAUGGAAACGAAGCGGGGGUGGUGUGUGCUGCACCUGAAGGCAAUGGCGCCCCCUUGAGGUUGGUAGGUGGCCUGGAGGACUUCGAGGGUCGUGUGGAGGUGUACCAUGAUGGGAGGUGGGGCACCAUCUGUGAUGACCAGUGGGAUGACAUCGAUGCUGAGGUGGUCUGUCGGCAGCUGGGAUUGGGGGGUGUACCGAAGGCUUGGACGUGGGCUCACUUUGGCCAGGGCUCUGGUCCCAUCCUACUGGACGGGGUGCAGUGUACAGGCAACGAGCUCUCCCUGGAGGAGUGUCCCCACAACAACUGGCAACAACACAACUGUGACCACAUGGAGGAUGCUGGCGUGUCCUGUAACCCAUAUACAGAUGGUGUAGUACGGCUGGUGGGGUCUGACAGUCCCUGGGAAGGUCGUCUGGAGGUGUACCACACUGGGGACUGGGGUACGGUGUGUGACGACAACUGGACUGAGCACCACGCACAAGUGGUGUGUAGACAGCUGGGCUUCAGCAGGGGGCGUGCAGAGGUGACAUCAGACGGGCUGUACGGAGAGGGCACAGGGCUGAUCCUGCUGGAUGAGGUGCAGUGUAAAGGCUCAGAGGCCACCCUGCUUGCCUGCGGGCACGCAGAGUGGGGUCGCCAUGAUUGCUCCCACAGCGAGGACGUAGGGGUGCGCUGUGAGAGGGGGGGAGAGACCAAUGAGGUGCCAGGGUUGCCACGCAUCGCAGGCCCUCUGGUGCGACUGGUUGCUGGAGAGAGCCGGAAGGAGGGGCGUGUGGAGGUGUUUCUGAACGGCCAAUGGGGGAGCGUGUGUGAUGACGGCUGGAAUGACGUCAAUGCUGCGGUGGUCUGCAGGCAGUUGGGAUUUGUUGGGGUGUCGAAGGCUCGCUCCAUGGCAUAUUUUGGAGCAGGCAAGGGCCCCAUCCACCUGGACAAUGUGAGGUGCAUGGGGGCUGAGGUGUCCCUGGGGGAGUGUCCGGCCGAGGGAGAGGACGCCCAUGACUGCAAGCACAGCGAAGAUGCAGGGGUCAUCUGUGACUACGUCCCCGAGCCGGUGGGAGAUGGCGCCAUAAUAACGCAGACCUGCGGCAUGAGGCCAAACACACAGCGCCGCAGGAGGAGGAUAAUUGGAGGGGACAAGUCAAUCAGGGGGGACUGGCCAUGGCAGGUGUCUCUGUGGCUCAAGUCCCAGUCCAAAGGGAACCAUCCAUUGUGUGGAGCCACGCUCAUCAACUCCUGCUGGGUCCUGACUGCUGCACACUGCUUCAAGAGGUUUGGCGGGGACCCAUCGCGCUACGUGCUGCGACUGGGUGACUACCACACGGAGGAGAGGGAUGACUUUGAGCGCAGCCUGUCCCCGGAGCGCAUCAUCAUUCACAGGAAGUACCACAGCCAGGGCUGGGAGUAUGACAUUGCCCUGCUUAGACUGAAGGGCACCGAAGGCAACUGUGUGGCCUUUAACCCACAUACCAACUCAGCCUGCCUCCCUGCGCCUGGCAGCAAGUGGGGGAAGAGGCCAGCCGCCUGUGUCAUCACAGGGUGGGGCAUCACAGACUCGGAAUACUCCCGUACCCUGCUGCAGGCCUGGGUUCCCCUGCUGCCCUCCUGGAAGUGUAAGAAGCGAUACGGCGAGCGCUAUACCAGCCGCAUGCUGUGUGCGGGCAGCCUGUCGGACCGUCGGCGCGUGGACAGUUGCCAGGGUGACAGCGGUGGUCCCCUGGUGUGUCAGGGAGAGGGGGGCCGCUGGGUGCUGACAGGGGUCAUCUCCUGGGGUCAUGGCUGUGGUGACCCCUCCUUCCCUGGGGUGUACACGCGGGUCAGCAGGUUCCUGCGCUGGAUUGACCAAGUCACCAACAACCCUCCAAGGAUCUGAUGCUGCCACUGUGCCAUUGGACAGCUCACGUUAUCAUAUGACUUUGGUUAGGUGGGGGGAUUAAAGGCGCAGUGACCGGUUAGAGAGGGUUACCACAUCCGGGUAUCUGCUCAUGGUCUCACUCAUAAAGUUGCACAUCCAGCAGAGCGCUUUUAAGUCACUUUUUGUUUUGCAUACACUUGGAGAAGCCUGUAUGGCAUUGUGCAUUCUUGGUUGUGUGGAAAUACCACUUUGGUGAGAGCAUUUAAUGCAUCAAUGGUUCAAUUAUGAGAGCCAGACUGCAUAGGUGAAUGACAUUGCACUAGAAUGCAUGCCAUAGUAUCACACUGCGACACCUGUGAAAAGCCAAUCAAUGGUGCCAAUGGGAGUAAGUCUAGUCAGAAGCAUUAGGUGGAGUAUCAUUAAGGUACAAUAUUGUAUAUUUACAGUACAUAUGGCUUCUAAAUUAAUAAUUGUUUCAUGAACAUUCCUGUUGUGCAUGCAUUUUAACUGAUGCCUAUGCUAAUGUGCUCCACUCUUGAUUGAAACAAUUGGCCAAAUUGGUCAGCUUACAGAUCGCUGGUUUAGAUCAUAUGAGAGGCAUGAGUGGGCCUUUAUGAGGCUCUGUAUAUGUGGCAAUGAUGACAUGGCUUCUCACAAAGGCUUAAAUGAUGUUUGCCUGCCCACAUACAGUAUCCAUCUGUCAACCAAUUUCUGUUAAAAAGCUGCACUUUCCUAUCAGCAUUAUGUGAAGCCAGAGGGGGCGGGGUGAGUGUGUGAGUGUGUGUGUGUGUGUGUGUGUUUACAUGUAUUGUGUGCACUGUCAAUUUAUUUUUCAUACAUCAUCUCAAUUCUAUACCAUAUCUUUGAGUUUUUGUCUCAAGUUGCAGUGCAAUUCCCAAAUGAUCCAUGCAAUCUUCUCAUCAUUCUUAUAGUUUGACAAACAUGAACACAUCUUACAUACUUACCAAGCCUACACAGUGCAGACGUAACAUGGUCACAUGCCACUCUGAUUUUGAAACGCUCAUACUGAGUAGAUGUCUAAGCUUCAUGUGGUUAUUACUAACGCAAAAUUACAACUCUGGUUUUAGUACUUCAAUCCCAAUAGGAAACAAAACUAACGACCCCCUUAAUACCCCCUGUACACUUGCUGGAAUGUUUGUUUACAGUUUCCACUGAACGUUCAAACCUUAUUUUGUUAUAUGGGGCUUUAAGUCACAUGACUGCAUGUUUCCGAUUGUCACUGAACAACUAUUUAUUUUGUGAUAUUUUCUUUAAAACAAUCUUCAGACUCUCGCUCCUGCCAUUGUUGCUUUUUCAUUGAAGGAUUUUUAUUCAACUCCAGAAUGCUAUAGGUCUACUGUACUAAAGGUCGACUGAUUAUGAUUUUUCAACGCCGAUACCGAUUGGAGGACCAAAAAAAGCCGAUACCGAUUAAUCGGUCAUUUUUUAAAAAUGUAUUUUUAAUAAUGACAAUUACAACAAUACUGAAUGAUACAUAAUACAUCAAUAAAAUCAAUUUAGCCUCAAAUAAAUAAUGAAACAUGUUCAAUUUGGUUUAAAUAAUGCAAAAAAAAAGUGUUGGAGAAGAAAGUAAAAGUGCAAUAUGUGCCAUGUAAAAAAGCUACGGUUUAAGUUGCUUGCUCAGAACAUGAGAACAUAUGAAAGCUGGUGGUUCCUUUUAACAUGAUUCAAUAUUCCCAGGUAAGAAGUUUUAGGUUGUAGUUAUUUUAGCAAUUAUAGGACUAUUUCUCACUAUACCAUUUGUAUGUCAUAUACCUUUGACUAUUGGAUGUUCUUAUAGGCACUUUAGUAUUGCCAGUGUAACAGUAUAGCUUCCGUCCCUUUCCUCGCUCGAACCAGGAACACAUCGACAACAGCCUACCAUCACUCAGUCAGACUGCUCUAUGAAAUCAUAGACUUAAUUAUAACAUAACACACAGAAAUACGAGCCUUUAAUGCUAGCUAGCAACUUAACUUGGUUUCUUGCUGACCUCGCGUAACAGGUAGUCAGCCUGCCACGCAGGCUCCUAGUGGAGUGCAAUGUAAGGCAGGUGGUUAGAGCGUUGGACAAGUAACCGGAAGGUUGCAAAAACGAAUCCCCGAAUCCCUGCGCUGACAAGGUAAGAAUCUGUCGUUCUGCCCCUGAACAAGGCAGUUAACCCACCGUUCCUAGGCCAUCAAGGAAAAUAAGAAUGUGUUCUUAACCGACUUGCCUAGUUAAAUAAAGGUGUAAUUAAAAAUAAAAUAAAAAUAGGCAAAUCGGUGUCCAAAAAUACUGAUUACGGAUUGUUAUGAAAACUUGAAAUCGGCCCCAAUUAAUCGGCCAUUCCGAUUAAUCGGUCGACCUCUAUACUGUACACAUCUCUCUUCAUACAUAUCCUGUAAGUACUCUGUAUAAAAUACCUUGAAUGUUAAGGUGAAUAUAUAUAUAUAUAUAUAAUGUGUUCUUGAGUGGUGCCAUUAAAUAUCUGAGUCACU